UCCACGUUAUGAGUUUAUUUCUACAGAAUGUCUCGGUAACUAUUAGCAAUUUUGUUCUGGUGGGGCUUAUUGAGAUCGAAUCAUUUCGAUAUUUAUGUGCACCUUUGGCUCUUGCAUUAUUUUCAAUCACAUUGUUUAUGAGUUCUAUGAUUGUCUAUAUAACAUGGACAGAGAAAAGCUUGCAUGAACCUAUGUACAUCUUCAUAUGCAUCUUGGUUAUCAAUGGCAUGUUGGGGAACUUAUCAUAUUAUCCCAAGCUGAUCAUUGACUUGUUGUCUAGAUGCUCCACCAUCUCAUUUACAGGAUGUUUCUUUCAAUCUUUCUGUAUCCAGUUAUAUGUAGUUGGUGAAUUGUUUUUAUUUACGGUAAUGGCAUAUGACCGAUAUCUGGCUGUAGGCCACCCUCUGAGAUACCACAAUCUGAUGACCAACUUUACACCUCUAAUAAUAUCACUUGCCAUAUAUAUUUUCAUACUGGUGACAAUAACUGUGGGUGUAUUAUUAACAUUGAGACUAACUUUUUGUGAGGUAAAUAUCAACAACAUCUAUUGUGAGAUUGCAGAACUACAACGGCUUGCUUGUAACGAUAUAACAGUUAACAUUAUCUAUGGACUAAUUUUGACCUUUUCCACCAUAAUUGCCUGCUUGCUUGUAAUUAUAUACUCUUACAUAAGAACAAUUGUCAUCUGUCUGAAACUUUCUAGGGAAUCCUCCCAGAAAGCUAUACAUACAUUGUUGACUCACAUAUUGUCCUUCUCCAUUUAUAUUGUCACAUUAUUGUUCAUUAGUUUAAGGUCCAGGAUAAAUUGGGGUUCUGUAUCAACUAAUUUUCAUGUUAUCAUAGCUUUGAUUGGUAGCACCAUAGUUAGUACUGCAAACCCUCUGAUCUACGGGAUAAGGACUAAAGCUCUCAGAGAAAAAAUUGUAUGCAACCUGCAGAAAAUGGUUGGAAAAACUAAAUAAAAAAAAA